AUGGUAGCUCCUAUCAUGGUGGCAAGAGCAGUGCCUGCUCGAUCCGGUGCAGUAACGAUGCUCACAUCCAGUGCCCUGCCUCGCCGAGCAGCUUCAUCCCUGCGCGCACACUCGACAUCGUCCAGCUCAAGGACCGCAUCCCAACCUGCUGGCCGCGCGGGACCUCGAUAUGCCGCGGCUGCAGCGGCCGUCACGGCCGCGGCCCUGACCACCUGGUACGCCACCGCUACUCCCGUUCACAAUGAAGCUGCUCCCUCGGUAGCUACCAACAGCGACAUCACGCCAACCACCAUGUCGCAGCAAGACCAGAUGCGUCAACGCGCAAAGCUCCAAGGCGUCUACGCCUGGGGCUCCAACCGCUACAAUGUCGUCGCGCCCGAUGCACCACAGGUGACACUCGUCCGCUCGCCCCGCUCUAUUCCCUUCUUCGAUGGCGUGGCGCUGCGCGACAUCAACCUGCAAGAGAAGCAUGGCGUCGCCGUCGAUGCCAACGGUGACGUUUACCAAUGGGGUCUUGGCUUCUUUGAUCCUGCCCUGCGCGAAGCGGCCGCGAUCGAGGAUGUUCCGCUCGGCCGUCGACGCGAGAAGGCAAGCGCAAACCUGAACGCCCCUCUGGGAAGCACAGCUAGCUUGGUCCUUAACCCCGUCAAGACGCUCACCGGCAAGAACAUCAUCAAGGUCGAAGCGACAGAGGAAAAGAUCUACGCUCUCUCCAAGGAUGGUCACGUCUAUGUAUUCUCGGUAGUCCAGCAGCUCCAGUCCAAGCCCAAGUAUCCCGGCUGGUCACCUAACCCACUCAAGCUGUUCAACGCCUUUGCUAGUGCUACGAUUGACCACGAAGUGCUCCACCCUGCCCCCUCGGCUCACUGGGGCAGCACCGAGAAGGUGUACGACAUUGUCGCUGGCGACCACCACCUGCUGUCCAUAUCGAACAAGGGUCGUGCGUUUGCGACUCCCAUCGGCGAGGAGGGCAAUGCAUUCGGUCAGCUCGGCACACGCCGUGUCUGGCUCAACUCUCCGCGCACCCCCGAUAGCAAGCCCGGCCACGUCGAAACGCUGCUAGAGCCGCGUGUUUUUGCCGAGCUCGAAGAAAAUCACGGCGGACGUCCCAUUGCAACCUUGGUUCCUUCUGGCUGGUUGCCCGCUCCGUCUUCCGAGACGAAUCGCACCUCAAAGCCCAGGGCCAGCUCCGAGCCUGCGUUUGAGACGAGCACCGACCCAGCACCGCCUCCCAAGCCUCUCACCGAACCCAGCGGCAGCAUCAGAUGGUGUACCACCUUGCACGAGAUCCCGGCUCUGCGCAAUGUCAACAUCGUGCAGAUUGCUGCUGGCAACGAGCACUCGCUAGCACGCACCCACGACGGACGCGUGCUCGCAUGGGGUCGACACACGCACGGUCAAUGCGGUCUUGGACCCAGCUUCAGCAUGGAGUGCGUUCCCGUCCCAACCGAAGUGGUGCUGAGUCGAUCCUUCCCGAACAGCUCGCUCGACGUGCGCGCGAGCUCAAUCGCAGCGGGGGCCGACAACUCGUUCUUCAUGACUACACGACGUGAAUCUGGCGGCGCGGGCAAUGGGCUCAAGAUCGACCUGCUUGCUUCGGGUAAAGGGCAGUGGGGUACGAUUGGUAAUGCCAUGUGGAGUCAGGUCGUGUCGCAACCUUCGCGGGUCAAGACUGUUUCCGGGCUGAUGGAGUUUUCCGAGGCUUCUGGGAUGACGCAUCCCGUGCCGAUUCACAGCAUCAGCAUCGGCAAGCCAGGACACGCCGCCCUUGUGCUCGAUACGGUCGAAACGGCGGGCCACCUGGCGUUCGGCAGGGAUGUGAUGGUAUGGGGUGCUAACGCGGGCUUCCAACUCGGUCUCAGCAAGCGAUCCAAUUUGGCCGUUCCGCAGCAUCUCAAGCCUCUACCCCCGCUGACCUCGGUUGCGGGUGGAAGCGUGCUCUCGGAACAGGACGGGCUAGUGGUUAGUGCGGCAAAGACAGCGGCUGUCGAGGCAGCGACGAUGCCAACCGUGGAUCCCAAGCUGCGCGAAGCCGACAUCAACUCGGGUGCGCUCACGCACAUGCCGCAUAAUCGACUUCAGCUCGCGUCCAAGACCAAGUCGGAUACUCAGUUGCCGCCUACUAUCUCUGCUGAAGGUCAGCUAGCACCUGUAGCGCCCGGAGCAGCAGCUGCGCCCACUCAGCCAGGGAAGGCAAAGAAGGGCCUGACGGUGGAAGAGAGCAUCAAGGCGGGCACACUGUCCACUGUGGUGUACUGGAAGAUCGUUGAUUGA